CAUUGAGCUUGGCAUUGAGCUUGGAAUUGAGCUUGAACUAGGCAUUGAACUUGGCAUAAUGCUUGGCAUCGCACUAGGCGUAGAACUUGGUAUCGAAGAUGGCAUUGAGCUUGAGCUAGGMAUAGAGCUUGGAAUCACACUUGGUAUUGAGCUUGAGCUAGGCAUUGAGCUAGGCGUCACGCUGGGCUUAGAGCUCUCACUUGGCACAGAGCUUGGAAUUGAGCUUGAGCUAGGCAUAAAACUUGCCAUCACGCUAGGCUUAGAGCUUACACUGGGURUAGAACUUGGCAUCAUACUCGGCAUUGAGCUUGAGCUAGGUAUUGAGCUAGGCAUCACACUAGGCAUGGAGCUUACACUGGGCAUAGAGCUUGGUAUCACACUUGGUCUUGAGCUUGAGCUUGGCAUCACGCUUGGAAUUACGCUUGGCUUGGAGCUCAUGGUAGGCAUAGAGCUUGGCAUCACACUAGGUAUUGAGCUUGAGCUCGGAAUAAAACUUGGCAUGAUGCUAGGCUUUGAGCUGAUACUGGGCAUUGAGCUUGGUAUCAAACUUGGCACUGAGCUUGAGCUAGGCAUUGAACUUGGAAUCUCACUUGGGUUAGAGCUAGCGCUAGGAAUAGAGCUUGGAACCAAGCUAGGCUUCAAGCUCGUGGUAGGUAUGGAGCUUGGCAUUGAACUAGGUGUUGAGCUUAAGCUUGGCAUAGAGCUGGGAUCAACGCUUGGCUCAAAGCUCAAACUUGGAGUUGAACUUGGCAUCAUGCUGGGCCAAGGACUAUCACUAGGAGUGUAACUUGGAGAAUCAGAAGGUUUAGAGCUGAAGGUGGGCAAGGAGCUUGGGGUCCAACUAGGCAAAGAACUAGGAACCAUGCUUGGCUUCGAGCUCCAGCUUGGCUGUAAACUKGGAAUGGAACUUAAAGUAGGCAUAAAACUUGGCAUCAAGC